UACUACUGCACAUUGACAUUAAAACCACGAAAGAUGCUUCUUCACGGGAUGAAAACAAUAAAACAAGCAACAAGAAGUCUGAAAAAACUUUGCCCAACUGCGCCUGAACUUCGGUAGACUCCAAUUCAGAUAACUUCCCAACAGUUUGGAGUGAGCCAGCAUUGUUUAAUCUCACUACUACAGCCGUUGGACGCGAUUUUUUUUUUUUUGAGAGGAGUCCAGUCUUGAUGAAUUCGCCGAAAAAGGACGGAGAUGAUGUGCCCGUUAAAGACCCGGUAAAAUACGGCGAGUUGGUCAUUUUGGGGUACAAUGGCUCUCUCCCCAACGGAGACCGAGGCCGCAGAAGGAGCCGCUUCGCUCUCUACCGAAGGAGCAAGGCCAAUGGUGUCAAACCCAGCGCCGUGCACAUCCUCAACACAUCACAGGACAGCAAGGCCGUUCACAGCAGGGGGCAGCACAGCAUCUCCUUCACUCUGUCCCGUAACCAGACGGUGGUGGUGGAGUACUGUCAUGACAACAACACAGACAUGUUUCAGAUUGGGCGCUCCACAGAAAGUCCCAUCGACUUUGUGGUGACAGACACCUCUGGAGGGGGGAAGGAAGGUGAAGACCCCUCCAUCGCUCCCAGCACCAUCUCACGUUUUGCCUGCAGAGUGGUGUGUGAACGCAACCCACCUUACACUGCACGGAUCUACGCCGCUGGCUUUGACUCCUCCAAAAACAUCUUCCUAGGGGAAAAAGCUACCAAAUGGAAAAACCCUGAUGGGCACAUGGAUGGCCUCACCACCAACGGGGUGCUAGUGAUGCACCCAGAGGGGUUCCCAGAGGACUCCAAACAGGGCCUGUGGAGGGAGAUCUCUGUCUGUGGAGACGUGUAUGCCCUGCGGGAGACACGCUCCGGGCCCAGCAGGGGCAAACUGGCUGAGGGGGAGAGCAGCGCUCUGCGGGACGGCUCCCUGGUGGAUCUGUGCGGAGCCACUCUGCUGUGGCGCACCGGUGAGGGGCUGCUCCGCGCUCCUACCCUGCGUCACCUGGAAGCACUACGUCAGGAGCUGAAUGCUGCCCGGCCCCAGUGUCCUGUGGGUCUCAGCACACUGGCCUUCCCAAGUCUGCCUCGGAGUCACAGCCUUGAAGAGCGCCAGCCCUGGGUCUACCUCACCUGUGGCCAUGUUCAUGGACGCCACGACUGGGGACAGAGAUCUGAGGGGGAUGAGGAACAAGGAGACAGUGAGGGCCCUGCAGCCCGCCGAGAAUGCCCACUGUGCAGGAGCCUGGGUCCCUACGUGCCCCUGUGGCUUGGGUGUGAGCCAGCAGUGUAUGUAGACGCCGGAGCCCCUACACACGCUUUUGUGCCGUGCGGCCACGUCUGCUCGGAGAGGACAGCCAAGUACUGGGCCGAGACCCCGCUGCCUCAUGGGACCCACGCCUUCAGACCCGUCUGCCCCUUCUGCUCGACUGCCCUCAGCUCCCCCGGCUGGACGCGGCUCAUCUUCCAGGGCCCCAUUGAUUAGCCACUGCAGCGCAGCAACCACUAGCACAUUAACAGAAUGACGCCCGAGCUUCAUUCAUCUUGCAAACGUUGAAAAAUGCCAAACACCGAAAAGAUACUGAUGGAGAGGAUGUAACACAGGGAUGGGCAACCAUUUGCCAUGGAUGUCUGACAGAUUAACCAAAAGGCCACAAACACAAUGAAUGAGCUGGUGUAGUCACUGGAAGGAACGCAAACCUGCAUAGUACCAUCCCUCCGUGGCACAUGGCUGCCCAUUGCUGGUUUAUCUUAAAGUUUCAUGUUAAGAAAACGUGUGCUACACUCAGUCUGAACAUUGACUAACGUUGUGCUGCUGAAUGCAGCUCUGGGCUGAGGAUUCCUUCCCCCUGUUUCUCCUCGAUGUUUGUUAGUCCUUAUGAGAUCAGGAUAGGUGAAUUAAACAUAGAAGAAGAGGUAUCGGUCUUGUCAUGUGGAUAAUUUUUUCUUCUUAGCCAGAGGUGUGUUGCCUUGUGCCAUGGAAGAAUCUGCAGGUUUUCAUCUCAGCCAAACACAACACCAGCUGGUUUUACUAAUAAGCAGAGCCUCAACCAACACGGGAGGAGUGAAUUAGUGAAAUCAGCUGGUGCAGUUUUUUUUGUUGGAAGGAAAACCUCGAGGCUCUUCCCCGGCACAGGACUGAACAUCAGUGGUUCAGAGGGGGCGCUGCAUGAGGAUAGGACACACCAUGCCUGUUCCGACCAGAUCUUAUUCUGAUUUCCAAGCAGAUGAGGGUGUAGACAUGGGCUUGGUUUUAAAUUUGGGCAAAAUCCACUUCAUAACUCUCUAAAGCAAUAAUAGCACUCCCAUGCAAUACCCUCCUAGAUAAGCUAGUUGUUGUGCUAUAUUUAGCAGGGUCAUGGAUCAGUUCAAGCAUGGCUGAAAAUGGUUUCCAGGUCAAGGGCUUAACCAGAGGUGUGUUCAACUGUGAUUUUUUUUUCUUUUUUGCAAAUGAAAAUUAAUUGGAGUAUGUUGAGAUAACGACUGUAAAGCAUGAAGAUGAGCUACUGGGUCAAUAACUAAAUAUUUUCAAGACAAGUAACAUGUGGAUGGAUCCCAGCUCACAGCACAGUAUCUGGUGUUGUCAAAAUGUGGACUGUUAUUGGUGUGUGUAUUUGAACACACUUCUGGUUAGUGAAUUAUGCUAAACAGGGUGUUAAGAGUGUGUAAUGCGGAAAGGUGUGACCUUAUAUAACCUCAAAAGAUAACUUUGUUUUGUUUCAAAGAAAACUAUUUUGUUAGGAAAUGGGGAGGGAUUUAUUUCGGGAAGGGGGAGGGGGUUCUUUUAGAUGUUCAGUGUUUAAAAAAAAAAAUACAGCUAUUUUUCUAACUGAUAAUUGAUUUUAGUUAACUGUUGUUUCUCAGUGUAAGCAAGUUCUGUAUGUUUCAGAAUAUUAUCGUGUGGUAGAUCUAGGAGAGCUUGUGAGUGAGAAAAUAUUGCCAACACUGUGUCAAACACACACAACGCUACCAUAAACAUUGCCCAGACAAUGAAUGUAGCCAAAUACUCAGGCUAUAUUUAGCCUUCCCAGGUGCUCAUAUUGAAUUGUCUAUAUUGUGAUACUAUUUUUGUAAUUGAAUAUUAUGGUGUAGCUUGAAUAUGGUCUAGCUUGAAAAGUCAGAUUGUGUCAAUUAUAGCCUCAAGUAUGGAAGAUGUAAAAUUGACAGUACACACCCACAUGAAACUGUGUCUAGCUUGCAUGUGCUGAACAUACACAUUAUGUACACUACACAUACUCGAUACACAUACAAACUCUCUCACUCACAACUUUGCACGGUGGAUUGCCAAAACGUAUUCAUGCUGAGUGUUUUUGCCUGUGAGAAGAGAUAGAUCAAGAUGUCUUCCAAGUCCUCGGCUGUUCCAACUACAGCUUCUGUUUUUGGGAGACCUUUCCAAAAAACAAAACAAAACAAAAAAAGCCCCACUCCUGAUUCUUGAUAGAUGUGUGAUGUUUAUGAAUGAGACUCAUAAAAUCCCACUUUGUACUACUAUGCUAAGAUUUUCCACUAAACCAAUAAUUCACUACAGAUAAUUGUCCUCAUCAGUUGUUUUCAUUCUGUAUUUAGACUUGGAAACGGGACGUCUUGAAUCAAAGAAUGCUCUUCUGCUAGUUUCAAGAUAAUUCCGGUUUGUUAACUCACUAUAUUUGUUGAAUAUUUUCAUUUACUUUAAAAAAAAAAUUGCACUUGAAGUCUAAAUACAAGAUUUAAACACAUGGUGUGAUGGAUAAUUGACAGUGUUGCUAAUUACUGUAGCUCAGGAUUAGUGUGUUACACAUCUGGCCGUGCCUACAGGCAGGCUGUUACAAGACAUUUCUGUUGUGUAUUUACAAAGCGUCACGACUGAAAGCCCUUCAGUGGGGCAUCAGAUGUGAAAACAACAACUCCCUGUUGAAUGACCCAAACCCAGGGAACACACAGUAGCUUUCCACAGGUCCAGGACUAGUCCUAUUCUGCACAUACGGGUAGUUAUAAAAGGGUUGCCAUUUCCAAGGGGUGUAGUGAAACCAGACAGGUUCACAAACGGUUAUGAAAACAUCUCAGUCGACUGCCCCUUACUAAGCACGCCAAAACCACUGGAGCCGCACCAGUGAAUCCUGCUUCUGAAGAUAAUAUCUAUGACAGUUCAUGUGUUAACAUUGGCAUGUGGAUGGAGGAAUCGUUGCAGCACCCUUUUGGCUUCUCUAAUUUUGGACAUGAAAUAACUUGUUUAUUUUUCUCACGGUUUAUUUUUUCCUAACUAUCCUUUUGCAUUCAGUUUGACCCCACCUUGGGUUGAAGUUGUCCUUAUGCAAUAUACUUUUGCUGUUGUUUUUUGGAUUGUAGUACCGAUGAAAUUCCCUGAAAUUUAGCCAGGCAUCAUCCUAAAGUUGGAUACCACUAUUAAUCUCAGUUCAUCUGUAAUUCCUGCUCUUUUUUUUUGUUUGUUUGUUUGUUUUUUUUAUUUUCUCAUAUUUUUGCAUGUACUAACUUCCUCUCAUCCUUGAUGGAAAACCUUUAACUGUUUCCUGUGAACUCACAUUAUUAGAUAAGUAGCUGACCCUGUUACACAGCUUCAGACCUCACAGUUAAUAAUGCAUUCCUUUAAACACUUCAGUAUACUGUAUGUACAGCUGUUUUGUAUUAUUUUAUAUCAUACCUUUCUGUAAUCCUCCGGUGCACAGACAAUCGCUAUACACAUGUCAAUAAACCAGUGAAAUAUUGA